CAGUGAGACGGUGCAGAACGUCAACCACCGUCCAGGCCAGUGUGCAUUCCCGCGUCCUUUGUGGCAGACUGUCGACGAUGGAUGAGCUUUUCGACGUCUUCGAGGACCAGCCUCAGGCCGUUAGGCCUGCGGACGGAGCUCCCAAACGAGCGAAGAAAGACAAGAGCAAGAAGCGACAGGUCAAUGGCGACGUGAAGGAGGACGGUGCUGCUACGGAAACCCCUACGGAAACCCCUGAGGAUGUCGAGAUCACGGAUGCGCCUGUUGUCGAAGAAGAAGAUGAAGCGAAGGAGGACGAAGAAAGCCCCGCCGCCGACAACAAUGAACAACCGGAUGCGAAACGCCCGCGCCUCGAGAAGGAGCCGGAGCCUGUGGUAGCGGACUCAUUCGAGACGGAGCAGGAGCGCGAAGUCGCGGGAUCAGCAGGCCUUCAGGGCGUCAACGACUCUACCUCUGUCAAGUUGUCCCACCAGGUGCGGCAUCAGGUCGCCAUCCCGCCGAAGUACCCAUACGUGCCCAUUUCCGAACACAAGCCGCCGGAGACCCCCGCCAGAGUGUGGCCAUUCACGUUGGAUCCUUUCCAGCAGGUUGCGAUUGCUUCGAUUCAGAGAGAAGAAAGUGUCUUGGUUUCAGCCCAUACUAGUGCCGGAAAAACCGUGGUCGCCGAGUACGCCAUUGCGCAGUGUUUGAAGAACAACCAGAGAGUUAUCUAUACGAGUCCGAUCAAGGCUUUGAGUAACCAGAAGUACCGAGAGUUUGCUGAGGAAUUUGGAGAUGCGGGCUUGAUGACUGGAGAUGUCACCAUCAAUCCCACAGCCACUUGCCUUGUCAUGACAACUGAGAUUUUGCGGUCCAUGCUGUACCGGGGUUCUGAGAUCAUGCGCGAAGUUGCCUGGGUCAUUUUUGAUGAAAUUCACUACAUGCGUGAUGCGAUCAGAGGUGUCGUCUGGGAGGAAACCAUUAUCUUGUUGCCCGACAAGGUUCGAUAUGUAUUCUUGUCUGCCACCAUUCCCAAUGCUAUGCAAUUCGCCGAAUGGGUAACAAAGAUGCACAACCAACCAUGCCAUGUCGUCUAUACCGAUUUCCGGCCGACCCCACUACAACACUACUUCUUCCCUAAUGGAUCGGAAGGUAUGCAUCUUAUUGUGGAUGAGAAGGGAGUAUUCCGCGAGGAGAAUUUCCAGAAAGCCAUGAGCAGUAUCGCCGACAAGAGGGGCGACGACCCGUCUGAUGCGAUGGCUAAGCGGAAAGGAAAGGGCAAGGACAAGAGAUUGAACAAGGGUGGCACUCAGGAAAAGAGCGACAUCUUCAAGAUCGUGAAGAUGGUCAUGCUCAAGAACCUGAAUCCCGUCAUUGUGUUCAGUUUCAGCAAGCGCGAAUGUGAGAGCUGUGCUCUGCAGAUGAAGAACUUGGCCUUCAACGACGAUUCCGAGAAAGAGAUGGUUCAGAAGGUCUUUGACAGCGCGAUCGAAAUGCUGUCCGAGGAGGACAGGGAUUUGCCCCAAAUUCAGAAUAUCUUGCCUCUUCUUCGCAGGGGUAUUGGUGUCCACCACUCUGGUCUGCUCCCCAUCCUCAAAGAGACGAUUGAGAUUCUUUUCCAAGAAGGUCUGAUCAAGGUACUCUUCGCCACUGAGACGUUCUCUAUUGGUCUUAACAUGCCUGCGAGAACUGUCGUCUUCACAAGCGUCCGGAAAUUCGACGGCUUCAGCCAGCGUUGGGUCACGCCAUCGGAGUUUAUUCAGAUGUCUGGCCGUGCUGGUCGAAGAGGUCUUGAUGAUCGCGGUAUCGUUAUCAUGAUGGUCGGUGAGGAGAUGGACCCCGCCGUGGCGAAGGAAAUUGUCCGUGGUGAACAGGAUCGACUUAAUUCGGCUUUCCAUUUGGGUUACAACAUGAUUCUUAACCUCAUGCGUGUGGAAGGCAUCUCACCCGAAUUUAUGCUGGAGAAAUGUUUCUAUCAAUUCCAAAACACCGCCGGUGUCGCAGAGCUUGAGAAACAACUUACGGAAAUGGAAGAGAAGCGUGCCAAUCUCAGCAUCCCCGAUGAAGGAACCAUCCGCGAGUACUACGAUCUGCGCAAGCAGCUCCGCAAGUUCGGCGAUGAUGUGCAGGCAGUGAUGAGCCAUCCCGAGCAUUGCCUGUCAUACAUGACACCUGGGCGCUUGGUUCAAAUCAAGCACAAGGACCUUGAGUUCGGGUGGGGCAUCGUUGUCAACUGGAAGCAUCGCAAGCCGCCGAAGAAUUCGAACGAAGAGUUCAACGAUCAUCAGAAGCAUGUAGUGGAUGUUCUCCUUAACAUUGCCGAUGGAGAUUCCGUGGGCACCAAAUCGUUCGAGGACUUACCGGCUGGCGUCAGGCCACCCAAGGAGGGCGAAAAAUCUCGCAUGGAGGUCGUGCCAGUUGUUCUCAGCUGUAUUCAGAGCAUUGCGCAUGUUUGCCUCCGUCUUCCCAAAGACUUGAAGCCAAAUGACACACGGAACAACUUGAAGAACACCCUAGAGGAAGUGAAGAAGCGCUUCCCGGAUGGCAUUGCCACUCUUGAUCCUAUCGAGAACAUGGGUAUCAAGGAUGACGAGUUCAAAAAGACGCUCAGGAAAAUCGAGGUUCUAGAGUCCCGUCUUCUCUCCAACCCCCUGCACGAGUCGCCACGGUUACCCGAAUUAUACGAUCAGUACUCCGAGAAGGUGAAUUUGGGAACCAAGAUCAAGGAGACCAAAAAGAAGAUCUCGGAUGCCAUGGCAAUUAUGCAACUCGAAGAGUUGAAAUGCCGUAAGCGUGUACUUCGUCGAUUCGGGUUUAUCAACGAGGCCGAAGUUGUACAACUGAAGGCACGCGUUGCCUGUGAGAUUAGUACUGGUGACGAAUUGAUGCUCAGUGAACUUCUAUUCAACGGUUUCUUCAAUAACCUUACGCCAGAGCAAGUGGCAGCUGCCUUGAGCGUCUUCGUCUUCGAAGAGAAGACCAAGGAGACCCCUGCUCUGACACGGGAAGACCUCGCGAAGCCCCUCAGGGAGAUCCAAGCGCAGGCUCGGAUCGUCGCCAAGGUCUCCCAGGAGUCCAAGUUGGCGGUCAACGAGGAGGAAUACGUGCAAGGUUUCCACUGGGAGCUGAUGGAGGUCAUCUUUGAAUGGGCGAACGGCAAGUCUUUUGCUGACAUCUGCAAAAUGACCGAUGUCUACGAAGGCAGUCUGAUUCGCGUCUUCCGCCGAUUGGAAGAGUGUCUCCGACAGAUGGCGCAGGCAGCCAAGGUCAUGGGAAGCGAAGAUUUGGAGGGUAAAUUCGAGACUGCCUUGACCAAGGUGCGCAGAGACAUUGUCGCCGCCCAGUCCUUGUAUCUCUAAGGUACUGCUACCUAUCAUUAGUAGUUCUUGUAUCUAUCUACCUUCUUCUGUGGGUCAGUAUUGUCCUCCUCAUUCAUCAUCAUCAUCAUCAUCUCUGUUGUAAAGGAUGGUUUGCGCGGUAUAUCUGGGUGGUCGCAUUUUUUCUGGCGUCAGGCUUCCCAAAAGGAUUUGGAUUUGUUUUUCAUUUAUUCUUACUAUCUGUAAAUGAGAUAUCUCAUUCCCUUUCAUCUUUUGCUUUCUGUUACCUGAAGCCUAUGUGAUGUACACAAUAUAUUUAGACUACAUCAAGAAGCAACCCUUUCAAUCAGG